AAGGGAUGCACAGUGACCUUGCUCAUGCUUACUCUGGAGGAAUAGGGGAAACAGAGGAGCCCAAAUAGUGAGCAGUGUGGGACUGAAGGCUCUGCAUUCUGCAUGCAAAUGCCACAGCACCGGAGCCACGGCACGGACGGCGCGCUGCUACACAGAAUGCAGCUCUCCCGCUAGCCCGACCAGACUGCUGCUGCUGUGCUUCUUUUUUUAUUUGUUUUUUAAUUUUUUUUUUCUCCUGCAGGGUUCUGAAUGAAAUCCUCAUGAUUGUUGCAUGCUUGUUCAAUAAUAGCAAGCCCCAGUCACGUCUCCUUGUGAGCACAUUUGGUCGGAAUCACUGAGCAGAAGCAGAGAAGAGCUGACGACUAUGUGCUUCCAACGCAGGUUGCCGGAGCCCCGUGUUUGCCAUUGGCUGCAGUUCUCUGGUUUGUGUGCAGCUUCCCCCAUCUGGAAUAUGAAAAUGGGAUUGAAGUAGAUAAUUGCUAGCAGCGGGUUUUCAAGAGAGGCUUAGAGGGAACAGAAUGCCUCUCACACAGCACAGGCUGCCUGCGCUGAGAGAGCUCUGAGAGAUGAUUUUAGAUGUUACCCACGUCUGAAUCUCCUGGAAACUUUACCAUGGAAGCAAGCCACUGCGCACAGUCCUGGAGCUAACAUCCAAAAGGGGCAAGGAAGGGGCAGCAGGUCCAGACAAUGGGAUACCUUGUCCUUGGAUUGCUCACAGAAAAGCCAGCAGGCAUUCCCCUCCGCUCCCCAGCAAAAAGGGCAUGAAGGUGGUAAUGAACUGAAUUUUACCCAGCGAAGCUUCAGUGGCUUUUAAGAAGGAUGGGAUACACUGACCCUUCAUCAAGCCGGGAUUUGCUGGGAAACAGAACUUUGUUCUUCAUCUUCAUCUGCGCCUUUGCCGUGGUCACCUUGCUGCAGCAGAUCCUCUACGGGAGAAACUAUCUCAAGAGAGGGCUGCAGUUUAGCUGGCAGAAUGGAGAGGAAUUGGCAAAUUGGACCGGCACCUUUAAUUUCACGGAUGACGGAGCAGUGAAGAGUGGCAGUGACACAGGCACCAGGUAUUUUGAGUUUUAUGAAGGGCCUUUGGAAUACAACUCUACAAAAUGCCUGGAAUUAAGGCAGGACAUCAUUGAGGUGAAGGUCUUGUCUAUGGUGAAACAAACUGAAUUGUUUGACAGAUGGAAGAGUCUUCAAAUGUGCAAAUGGGAGAUGAAUGUCACAGAAGCCAAUUUAUUCAAGUCUACUCUGUCAAGGUGUUGCAACGCCCCAUCCUUUCUGUUCACCACCCAGAAAAAUACUCCCUUGGGAACUAAACUGAAAUAUGAAGUGGACACAAGUGGAAUCUUUCAUAUCAACCAAGAAAUCUUCAAAAUGUUUCCAAAGGACAUGCCGUACCACCGCUCCCAGUUUAAGAGGUGUGCAGUGGUUGGGAACGGAGGAAUUCUGAAGAACAGCAGAUGUGGCCGGGAGAUUGACAGUGCAGACUUCGUGUUUCGAUGCAAUUUGCCUCCUAUAUCUGAGAAAUACUUCAUGGACGUUGGGGUGAAGACAGAUGUCGUGACGGUCAAUCCCAGUAUUAUCACUGAGAGAUUCCACAAGCUGGAGAAGUGGAGGAAGCCCUUCUACGACGUGCUGCAGGUGUACGAGAACGCCUCCGUGCUGCUGCCGGCCUUCUACAACACGCGCAACACGGACGUGUCCAUCCGCGUCAAGUACGUCCUGGACGACUUCGAGUCCCAGCAGGCAGUUUAUUACUUCCACCCCCAGUAUCUCAUCAACGUCUCGCGCUACUGGCUCGGCCAGGGCGUGCGGGCCAAGCGGGUCAGCACCGGGCUGAUCCUGGUGACUGCGGCCCUGGAGCUCUGCGAGGAGGUGCACCUCUUCGGCUUCUGGGCCUUCCCCAUGAACCCCUCAGGGAUUUUUAUAACUCACCACUACUACGACAACGUCAAGCCUCGCCCCGGCUUCCACGCGAUGCCCUCGGAGAUAUUCAAUUUCCUCCACAUGCACAGCAAGGGGAUCCUGCGGGUUCACACGGGGACCUGCAGCUGACAGGGACACGGCGAGAGUGCGGCAGGAGCUCGAUGGCCUGUGUAAGGUGUAGGAGGUUUUGUUACACCCCGAGAUUAUGCAAUAAUUGUUUGAUAUAAAUUUCCUCAAGGCAUUGCAUCCCAUAAGAUCUAGGACACCAGCAUCUUUCCUGCUAGCAGAGUUGGGUCCGUAACAGUGUAGGAGAAGCAAAACUCCUCUGCCCCAGGGUACACGCUGUCCUGGAAAGCAAGUCAGAUAAGAAGCACAUUUACAAUACAUUUAGGGAUAAAUACAGCACAUUCAUAUAUUUAUCAUUUCACUAUGGAGAAAAGCACCAAACUUUUGAGGAAAAACAGAGGUGGAGAAUUUUAGCAUAGAUUAUAUGACUUUACAUAGGAUUCUGAAUUGAGUACCUUGGGGUAUUGCCAGAUGUUAUUGAACACUCUGUUCUCUGGCCUUUAGAUUUUUGAAAAUACUCUUUAGCAUUAUAGCUUAAUGGGGAUAUAUAACAUAAAAACUUUGUUCUGUAAUGUCACAAAGUGUUGAUCAAAAAUAGCAGAUAGAUGUGCUAGGAAUAAACAAAAUCACUUUAUGAAUUUUUUCAACCAGGAUAGAACAGAAUGUUGAACUCCCAUUCACAGCAACAGGUAACUGUGUGAAUCAUAUUGUGAUAUUCUUUUAGAGAUUGUUUUUUCUUCCUUCUUGCGCCUUGCAUUUCUGUUCUCCUCUGCUGAUUGUGCUUCCUUCCUCCUUGUCUGUGAUGCUUUCCUUCUGGCUAACACAUCGCAAUGUGUGCACUUCCUCCUACAGCCACCAUCUCAGCAUCACAUUGGAGUUCUUGCUGAAGAAACAAGCUCCUUCACAAGGUUUUCUUGAGAUGAAGAGCAAGGGGAUUACGUAGUUAUAUUUUACAAGUUGAUUUUUUGGUUCAGCAUAAGAUAGAAAAAACCCAUUUCCUUGUUGAUUUUUAUUAGAGACUUUGUAAAAGGUAUCUGAGAGUUGAUUUCACUGUUGUGCAGGUUGAGUUAACACUUUCAGGUAUCUGUAAUAUGUUAAUGUCAGGAAAUGAGAUUAAAAUUCAGAGAAGUUAUUUUGUGGCUUAGAUUAUGAUGCUUAUUUUAAAAUUAUGCAUCUUGAGAUGUCAAAUGUCUUAAUGUGGUGUUUUUGUAUAUUGAGAAUGUUAUUAGGAUAGUAAAAGGGCUGGUGGUGUAUUCUUUAAAUGUCAUCAGUGUAGCUCUGUCAGAUAUGCCAAGCCUAAUUUUCCACCUGCUACAGUUGACAAAAUCUUGAAGCAGAAGAGAUGCCACAAGUUGCUUGAGUUUAUUUUGUUGUAGUAGGCUGCUGGCAUAUGCCCUUUCAUACUGGUAUGACUGCAUACACAGGAGGUGAGGGUUGCUGUUCCAGCUGUGCUGGCAUGGUUAAAUGAACAGAGUUUCCCUGUCUAAGUUCCUAGUCUGAAGCACUCGGGCUGUUGCCUUGUCUUGUCUUGUGUAGAUUACAAGAUCUUUGAUCAGGAUUUGAAGUUUUUUUCAAUGUAUGAGGUUUUUUGUUUUUUGGUUUGUUUUUUUUUUUUGCUGGGGGCUGGGGGGGAGAGGGUUUAAAUCCAAAUAUGGACUUGGAUUUUGACUUUGUAAUGCAUGAAUGCACAAAGCUUCUUUUAAAAGCGUCUGUGCUAUGCUGAGAGCUGUGCAAGUUGCUCACACUACAGAUAAAAUGAUCACAAAGAAAGUGAAAGCACAUUGGUCACAAUUUCAAAAGUCCCUGCUGGCCGGCAGUGCCCUGGAUGGUAUGUGAGAGUGCAUUUUAUUUACACUACACUCCUGAGAUUUGAUUGCCUUAGAAGCAACCCAUAUCCUUGGCAAAAAUGUCAGAAGUCACCUGGGAAACAUCAGUCAGGGGCAGGUGAAGGACCAGUGCUUAAGCUUAAUAUAUUAUUUGUGGUGAUGUGUUUUAGGUCUUAGAGUUACACUGUGUGUUAUUGAGCACCCCCUCGUAUUGUCUACCUGUGAAAUAGGCAGCACCCCCAUCAACCUGCAGGUGAAAUGGUUUCCUUGACUCAAUAUGCAAAAGAGAUCUUUGUCUUUGCUGUGUUCUGUAAAUUUGUGUGCAAAGGGCUUUGACAAUGAAGUGCUGUGAUGAAAGUGCUAUUUAGAGAGCAAUGUGACACUGCAGGUUGGCUGUCUCGCUGUGCAUUAAGUUUUAUGAUAACAGUAAUGACACUGAAGCUGGUGCUCAGAGCCCUUACUCCUUAUUCUGCCUGAGUUUGGGACUAGUAGUGGCUUCAGGUUUGCUUUGCUGCUGCUGCUCUGCUAAGGUUACCUUCUUUAGUAAGAGAUUUUUCUUUACUAUGGUGAUGGAAGUGAACAAAAUCAACUGAAAGGAGUCUGAUGCGUUGCAAAAGGCACUUCAAAAAAGAUGGGAAAGCACUUGAGAGGCAUCCAUUUGUUGAUAGAAAUAGUGCAAAUCCCUCUUUUUAGUUGCAAGGAAUCCUUUUGUACAGAUAAAAGGAUAAGCAAAACUGCAUUUACAGUUAAUCUGUAAAUACAGGGUCACAGACAUUUCCUUUCCAUUGUUUGCUUCAUAUAAAUGAGCAAUGUAAAUUCACUGUAAUGAGUGCAGUGUUACUGUGUUUAGAUUUUGAUUGCUUAUAAAUCUAUAGCUACUAUAUUUUUUUAAUGAUUUUAAGAAGUGUGUGCAGGUUACUUGCACAUAUGCACCAAAGGCCCAGUCUUGCCACAUUUGUGUGAAAAGAGCCCCCAUUCAGGUGGGUGGGUAUUUUAUUUGUGUGGGACUGCAGAAACAGGCCCAGAUAUUUCUGUGAAGGUGUACAUAGGUGUACAGUUAAGGAGUGAUUCACAAGCCAGAAAGAUAAUUAAUGAAAUAUAUAUAAAAUACUAAUUGAGAUUAAAUACAUGUUGCAACAUGUUCGCUUUCCGAUUCAUUUUUCAGGUGUUGCUCAAAAAAUGAUUGCAAAACUAUGGCAUUUGUCAGAAAUUCCAUAUGUGGAAGGGCUUUUGCAGAAAGAAGGACGCUCCUUGGUUUCUGCCAUCAUUCUUUUGUGUGCUGAGCAUAAGAAAAUAUUCUUUUGACAUCAAUCAUUUUUCUGAUUUUGGGGCUGGUUUUGUUUUCCUUUCUCUCAUGAGGUCUAAGCUCCAAAUGUCCAAUCUUAACCUCUGAACAACAGGAUAUAUGAGUGAUAAGAAGUGGCUGUCAGGUGUGUCUGCUGCAAGUAAAGGAUGUGUGUAACAUGUUGUGCUUUCCCAGAGAAAAGUCUUCAGGCCCCAGAGAAAUCCCCCCACCAAUAAUUCUGAUCUGUCCAUGAGGAAAGGCUGUCAGCUGUCUGGUACCACAUCCUGAGCUUGAGCUGUAAUCUCAGCUCUACUGCUGAGGAUAUGAAGCCUGAGACAGGCAGGCAGAAAAUGUUAUGGUUUAAUCCCCAAUUCCUCACAUUAUUUAGGAGAAUCCCUUAAGAAGUUCCUGAUAUCUGCAUACACUGGCAGUGCAAGUUCAGUUGGAAAUGAUAACUAGGAUUGCUUUGACUUCAUUGUCAGGUCAACAGAGGAGGCUUAUGAAUCUGCCAGUGCUGUCAUCAAAGGGAAGGAAGUAUUUAGCUGGAACAGUUUAGCUGAUUGCUUUUGAUUCAUGAAAUCCAACUUCGCUGUUGGACAGAAUGGCUUCAAUGGCGAUUGGGCCAUUAUAAUAUUUUAGCAUAUUUCCUGUGAUUGCAACAGAGUUGUCAAAGCCAGCUCAUGAAUUGCAAAAGGGAGAACCAUGCCAUGACAGCUCCUUCUGCUGCUAUCUCAAGGAAGAGAGGGACCAUGCUGAGCAGGUCUGUGGUCUGGAGAAACAAUGUGGAGGGAAUACAGGAGACUGCAAGCACAGCACUGCUCCAGAGCCUUUCGUGCUGUGGAAUAACACGACAGAAACAGAUUAAAUUUCACAGCUUGCAGCAAUCAGGGGUGGCUCCUCCAGCCCUUGAAAAGUCCACCCUCUUGCAGGCUCAGCUGAUGAUGAAUUAAGGGUGACUCGGGAUGGCCAGAUGUAGUAGACAGAAGGAAAUCAGCUCCAAGAAUAGUCCCCUCUGUGGGUGUUUGGUGAAUCAGUGGAAGGGCUGCUCAAGCCUUGGAGGCAGGAGCGCUGGUGGUGACGCAGCUGCGUGGGUGAGCUGCCCGUGCUCGGCCCUCCCUGGCAGCGAGGAGCAAUCUCUGCUUUGCCUGUGAGGGAAACUGAGGUGGAGAGGCAGGGAAUCUGUCCUUUCUGAUCUCCUGAGGCCACGUGGCUUGUCUGCUUGUGCGCUUGGGUAGUGAAUGUGAAAUGCUCUGAAAUGGGCCUUUUUCCUGACCCCACUCGCAUCUGAGUGUGCAGAGAGCCUUGGAGCCUUUACAAGUAUAGG